AUGGCUUUUGCCACCACUUACGUGAGUCAGUUAAACGAACAUCCCACAGAAGAGAACUGGAGUGGCAUAAAGCACAUCCUUCGCUAUGUGAAGCAGACGAAGAAUUGUGCACUAAUCUACCAAAGAACUGGGAAGUGUGUGCAGGUCUUUUGCGAUGCAGACUGGGCUAAUGACAAGGCUGACAGGAAGUCAUUCAAUGGUUAUGUGUUGACGCUAGCCGGCGCUGCAAUUUCCUGGAGCAGCAGGAAACAACAAAGUACUGCACUGUCAACCGUCGAAGCAGAGUAUAUGACCAUGUGUCAUGCUACAAAGGAAGUUAUGUGGCUAGAGAACUUCAUGAAGGAGCUUGGUGUGCACGAGUUUCUACAGGAACCACAGGUCUUGUUGGUAGACAACCAGGGUGCAAUUGCGCUGGCGAAAAAUCAAGUCACGUCGGAGAGAAGCAAGCACAUUGAUCUGAAGCACUUCUUCCUGAGAGAAAAGGUGGAAGAAGGAAAGCUGCAACUCCAGUACAACAAAUCGUCGAGUAACUCUGCAGACCUCUUCACCAAGGCCUUGAAUGGAAGGCUGACCCUCAAGCAUUGUGAACGUUUCGGUGUCAAGAACGUGGACGUGGCGACAGUCCAUUAA